CAGGUACCUACGGUACCUCCUACGGUACUAGUGUAAGUGCUGCGCUUCUUGUUCAGUUCAGCAGGACAGCAUGGGCAAUGAAUCUUCUACCAAUUCCAGGGAAUCACGAGGCCGGGAAGCACGGGCCAGUUCGCUUAACGCCAGCUCACGUCCUCCUAAUCAACUAUCAACAGCUAGCGUGCCGCCCCCCGGUGGGAAAGACCGGCCGUAAAAAAUAACAAAAUACAGUACUUCAUCAUAGGCGCUUACUCUGUACCGGGAUCUCAAAGGAGACAAGCCCAGUAUUCUUCCUGUCUUAUCUUUUUAUUGUAACGAAUGAAGCACCCAUCAACAAUAGGUUUUAUGUGACAGUUCCUGCCGGCAUUCGACCAGGACAAGAAUUCCCUGUACUUGAUUUUACAUAUUGCCCUAUCUCCAACUAGUUUUCAGGUGAUUGCCAAUGGACAGCAACUUAUGGUCCGAUGUCCACCCGGCAUUCGUCCAGGUUAUCAAACUCGCCUACCUUUUGAUGCCUUGAAGGUGGGAGGCAAAUAGGUGAACGCAUAGUUGUCUCUGCUCCAAGAAAUUCCCAGGGCACACAAGCCUACAUGGCAACCGUUGCUCGCAGUGUUCACAGCUAGUUUUUACUCAUGUCUGCAAUUUUAAGGUUCCACAUGGUGUCCGAAGUGGAGAGCAAUUUCCAGUACUAGUGAAUAAUCAACAGCUGAUGGUUACAUGUCCUCCUGGCGCGUAGGCAGCGCAUUUUUUGUGUAGGCUUACUUGUUUUAAGCACCACUAUAGGUGUCCGACCAGGCAUGCAGGUGUCAUGCACUAAAAAACUCAACAUAACUAAAAGCGAUCUCAGGUUCGUAUCAUGGUUCCAACCUCUCGCAGAGGUACGCACACCAGAUCUUCCGAUAAUAAUUCGCUGGUCAUGCUGAUAAGUGAUGUACUAAUAGUUUAGUCUCACAGGCACAAGUCUAAGCACACCUCAAGAAAUGGACCCCUCCAGCUCUUCGAGUGGGAGCGAAAAUGCACGGGUUAAUAGCCAUAUGCGAAGCCCCUUUGGCAAUCAGAUGUUUGAGGUAAAUGUGCCCCAAGCGAGUAACUGCGCAUAAUUGCCAUUGAAGUUCAAGGAAAAACAAGUUCAUCCUAGGGCGUGCGAUCAGGCCAGGCAUUCGCACUCAUUGCAAAUGGGCAACGUGUUAUGGUCACCUGCCCGGCAAACGCAAGACCGGGGCAGAAGAUAAGGUUUCAAUUGCCGAUCAAGUUAAGCUCUGACGAAAUACAAUCGAUUAAGCUCAAUUAUCAAAAGGAUGGCUGGGUCCGUUGCUUAUCUACAGACCUGACUUUUCAUUGGAUUCGAAGCGAGGGUGAAGUUGAUGGGCAGCUAAAAGAUAGUAGAGACCUUACCUGGGCAUUUGAACGAAUUGCUUUCGUAAGAGAGCUCCGGUCCUCUGCUACAGUCUCGUCAAAAUCAAAAGUUGACCAUUCACUUCAACUUGUCCCCGCGAAGGAAGCCUCUCUGUCUACUGUCGUUCCUGCGAUCAACAACGGCACGUCCCUUGCCCAAGAACUCUCAAGGUACGCAGCGAUGCCAUUUCAGCACAAAGAAGCCUGGUUUCGCCAGCAGAUUGCAAAAAUUCAAGUGCCUUGGGAAGACGGGCACAUAAAGAUCAAUGUGCGGCGUGAAAACUUGCUACAAGACUCAAUGGAAGCGACAGAAUCAAUUACCCAAGGAGACAUGCGCAAGAUAUUUCGCUUUGAAUUUAUUUCAGAACCAGGCACUGGCGGGGUUAUUUUCUCCCGGGGGGUGGUGCAUCGGACCUGUGAUCUCGCUCAUGUGCAGGUGUAGAUGCGGGUGGUGUUGCUAGGGAGUGGUUUCAGUCAUUAGUCUGUGUCACAAUUCUAGGAGCGUUUUAUCCAUAUAUUAUUACUUCGUCUAGGCUGGUCUCUGCCCUGCUGUUCAAUCCUGAUUUUGCCCUGUGGUCGUACAGCUCAAUAAAUCAGAUGUGCAUGCAGAUCAAUCCUUCGUCGGGCGUUGCAAAUGACGAACAUCUCCGCUACUUUCAUUUCACUGGAAGGCUACUCGGCAAGGCACUCUUUGAUCGCCAAAUAGUGGCUGGUCAUCUUGUACGUCCCUUGUAUAAAGUCUCGGUGUUUGCUCUACUUUUCUGAACAUUCUCCUUGGCUAUGUGCUAAUUUCUCAGGUACAAACAUAUCCUGGGCUGGCCUGUAACGGUGGCGGACUUGGAACAGCUUGACGCAGACACCUAUGCUAAUUUGUGCAAGUUAAAGGAUCUAGAGGAUGUUGAGGUUUCAUUGAAGAUGUAAAUGUGCGGAUCUCUCUGAGAUUGACGUUUAUAGGUUUGCUGCCUUGAUUUCACGGUGACCGAAGACCACUGGGGUACUGCGCAAACAAUAGAACUGAAGUCCGAUGGUGCUAACUGCAUGGUUACUAACAAAAACGUAGAUGAAUACAUCCAGCUUCAAAUGCGCUACCGGCUGUUAGAAAGAGUAAAGGAGCAGAUAAAGGCCCUCUUGGUUGGUUUUUAUGACGUCAUUCCUGAGGUUUCUUUUGAGCUUCCGAGUCACAUCUGCAUAUUUGAUGUGUAGGCUCUUCUUUCUGUAUUUGAUUUCCAGGAGCUUGAGCUUCUACUAUGUGGACUCCCUGAAAUAGAUAUUGAAGACUGGAAACGAAACACUGAGCAAUUUCUAGUGUUACCAAUUUAUCCAUAAGCUAUGUACGAUACUGUGAUGUUAGGUACACGGGUGAUUAUGAACGCAAAGGUGCAUCAAAUAAAGUGGUCAAGUGGUUCUGGGAGGUGCGUUUUCCAAUGCCUCUUUGUUUGUUUGUGUAUGAUUCACCAUAGGUCGUUGUUGAUGAAUUUGAUGAGGAGCACAAAGCCAGGCUCCUUCAAUUUGUCACGGGGACUUCUGGAGUCAAGUACCGUGUGCUAGCUGAAAUUGCCAAAUUGCGCCUCUUAACCAAACGUUUGAUAGGUCCCAGCUCAAGGCUUCUGCGCUCUUCAAGGCAAUGAUAAUAAUAUUCGAAAAUUUACAAUCAAUUCAAUUCCAGAAGCUGUCUCUGUGUUCCCAAAAGCACAUACCUGCUUCAAUCGAAUAGAUCUACCUUUGUAUGAAUCAAAGAAGAAACUUACCAAAUUUUUAACCAUGGCAAUUCAAAUGGAAGCUACUGGGUUUGAUAUUGAUUGACUUGCGAGAGAAGCAUCAAUAUAGUAAGUUGGUGAUGUGCAGGGUCAACCGACCUUCUGGAGCCCUUGACCCGUCGACAGGGGGCUGGCCAUGAUGCCCCCGUGUCAAGCAGCUGACAGGGGGCUGGCCAUGACUCGACUGCAGAACUUAUCGCGGUAGUGCCUCCCCAUUAAUAGCCUACUAGUAGGGCCACUGGCAAGUUACUUCCGCCCACUGGCAGCCACGCUGACUGGUGGACCACGACUCGGAUUGCAAGUCCUGAUGGUCACAGCCCGGGUGGUCCGUUCCGAGUCGACCAGCUAGUCGGCCCAUCUGACUCAUGAUCUGAGCUCCCAUCUGGAGAAGGGGCCGGCACUCGACUAAUUCGGCUACUGUAGCGCCUCCCCAUUAAUAGCCUAUAAGCGAAAACUAGCUGCGA